UCGGUAAAGUCACGUCGGUAAAAAAUGAAAUAUUUUACUUUGCCGAGUGUUUACAUCCCUAACGUUUAACAGUACUUUAUUGUCAGCCAACACUGGUAUAAACAUAGGCAUUUUCGUUCCUUUUCUACUAUGUACAUUCACAGUGACUUGCGCACAAACACGUCGUUGACCACGACCCCGCCCCCCCCCCCUCCCGAUACGUUCCAUUCAUUGGCUACCACAUUCUGAUAAGCCCCUCCCCUCCGUCCCCCCUUAACUGGUACUUAAGAGCUUACAUCUUGAAUCCCUCCCUCACUUGAUGCAGCAAAUCUGGCUGUGACGGUCCCACCUGAUGACGGAGACUUGUGUUGCCUCCAAAACGUCGUGAUUUUUAUUGUUUUAUUUUUAUUAAUUUUAAUUUCAUUUUUUACCUACGUGACUUUACCGAAAGAACUAAGAGUAUGAAGCUGGUUGUAAUUACUGGCGAAACGUCGGACUCUGAAUGUAAAUCUUGUGGCUUGCCUCCCCCAACACACCGGUGUGCUGUGUUGCCAGCUACGAAUUGGCACGUUCUGUUUACGUGACAAACCUUACUAAUUGGCCGUGUCGGGUGGUGGCGGGGUUUAAGGACGCAAUGCUUUUCGUGCCACUGAAUUAAAUCCCACGUGCUUUUUUUUUUUAAAAGCCCCGUCCGGUUAACUGCCUGCUGUCUGCACCUGCUAUACCACGACGUGAAUGAUCCACCUGGCCCCAAGGGUAUUCGUUUGUUCUUCCAACCGCACGCGGCCACUGUCGUACUAAAAUCGCUUCAUCAACAGGGUUAUCGAUCAAAGUGUGUUGCGUGGAGCAUUCGUUCACUGCAGACGCUCAACGACCGCGGGCCAAUUGUGAAUUGACAGUCUAUCGAAUAUUACGAUGGUUGUUCAUAUGUUUUUGCUUGCAGCUAUUUGUGCUCGUGGUGUGUUGUGCAUCUCGACGAAGACUCACGGAAUAAUUUACCUUUUAGUACGGGGUCAGGUGUCGCUCGUCCACUGAUUUUAGCCGUUUGCCGGCAAUGCGACUCAAGCUGGUACAACUUUUUAAAGCUUUCGUGACUGCAGGGAUUCAUCUUCUUGGUUCUUUCGGUAAAGUCACGUAGAAUGGAAAUAAUAAAAUAACAAAAUGAAACAUGAUAAAAUAAUUAUCACGACGUUUCGGCCACAACGCAAGCAGCCGUCCUCAGGUGAAGACCAGGUCUGUCGGGGAGACAGCGUCUGAAUGAAACACCACCAUGCUUGGAGCGUAUAUUUAAGCUGGGUUGGAAAGGGGGGGAAGGGCGUCUUGACAAAAUAAUGUGCAUAUCAAGAGGAAUUUAGCAUAUUUAUGGGAAAUGCAGGUAUGUGAUUAGUACUAGUAUUUCCAUUCUACGUGACUUUACCGAAAGAACCAAGAAGACUGGUACAACGUGCUAACCCAUGCACCCCAGCUUUGCCUAUGCAUUGUUUUUGUUUUAUGGAACGAUUGUACCGUGUCCUCUUGUUCGCCACAGUAGACGGGCUUUGUGCGAUUGACUGAACCCGCUGCAGAUUGCGCACGCUUAUUUGUCAUCCUCUUGCUCAAUGUCUCCCAAAACAAACAGCUCGUUGGUUCUGCCCCGGUGUUGCUGCCACACCUCCGUGAUUCAUAACGCCCUUUCGCAGCACAACAUCAAUCACCGCUAACGUGGGACUUAUGCCCACCUUGAAACACCGAAACGUAGGGGUUGUUAUCGUCACGCGGAUUAUUGGAUUAAUGUGUAAUUUUGGGCAGUGAUUUGGAAAUCUGGUUUCUUUCUGUCUCUUGAGAGAAAUUGUCACGAUACCAGAUGAAGGCUGGGUUCGUUCCUCGCGCAGAGGAUUGCAUCACCCCGUGCUAAGAGAACGGUCCACAGCAGGCGAUAAUAUAGAACUGCUUCUGAAUGCAUCUUCAAGGGACCUCUGAUCCACAAGGAUACGGCUGUGCUAAGAGAACGGUCCACAGAAGGAGAUAAUAUAGAACUGCUUCUGAAAGCAUCUUCAAGUGACCUCUGAUCCAAAAGGAUACGGCUGUGCUAAGAGAACGGUCCACAGAAGGAGAUAAUAUAGAACUGCUUCUGAAUGCAUCUUCAAGUGACCUCUGAUCCACAAGGAUACGGCUGUGCUAAGAGAACGGUCCACAGAAGGCGAUAAUAUAGAACUGCUUCUGAAAGCAUCUUCAAGUGACCUCGGAUCCACAAGGACACGGCCUGUGCUUCCUUACCCUGCCUGCUAAACAGGUUGCCGCGAUGAUAAUCCCGAGGACCAGGGCGUCCUUCUUCAGCCUUGUGUGUGGCGCCAGCGUGGGCUUUGCGCUGAGCUACCUUCUGCUGGCGGUGUACACGCUGGACCGCACGGAGGAGCGUGAGCGCACGCCCGUGGUUAUGCUGCCGAACAACCCUCACGACCCGCAUCCGGAGGGUCGCGCCAGCAACGAAGAUGGCAACGCGCCACAGGGGCAGAUGAAAUUCCACGUCCAUGACGGCGAUCAUAAAGAGGAGGACAUGAGCCAGAUGCAGGAGCUGCGCCGGCGUGUGCGCGUCCUCUGCUGGGUGAUGACGGGCCCCCAGAACCUGGAGAAGAAGGCACGCCACCUGCGUGCCACCUGGACCAGGGCCUGCGACAAAGUGCUCUUCAUGAGCUCCGAGGAGGACAAGGAUCUCCCCGCCGUGGGGCUGCACACCAAGGAGGGGCGAGACCAGCUCUACUGGAAGACGAUCAGGGCCUUCCAGUACGUGCACGAACACCACCUCGGCGACGCCGACUGGUUCUUGAAAGCGGACGACGACACCUACGUCAUCGUCGACAACCUGAGACUGAUGCUGAGCAACUACACGCCCGAGCAACCCAUCUACUUUGGGCGCCGCUUCAAGCCCUUCGUGAAGCAGGGCUACAUGAGCGGCGGCGCGGGCUACGUGCUCAGCAAGGAGGCGCUCGUCCGCUUCGUAGACGCCUUCGCCAAGGGCACGUGCACGCACACGAGCUCGGUGGAGGACCUGGCGAUCGGCUCGUGCCUCGAGAAGAUUGGGGUGGUGGCGGGCGACUCGCGCGACUCUGCCGCGCGCGACACCUUCCACCCGUUUGUGCCGGAGCACCACCUCAUCGCCAACUACCUGCCCAAGUCAUUCUGGUACUGGAAAUACUGCUUCUACCCAGCAGUGGAGGGCCCACAAUGCUGCUCCGACUUCACCAUCUCAUUCCACUACGUGAGCCCCACGUGGAUGUACAUCCUGGAGUACUUUGCUUACCACCUGCGGCCGUAUGGCUACAGGUACCGCUUCCAGCCCGUGCUGUCCAACCUCGGGCACAGUAAGGACGUGGUGCUGGCAGAGCCGAAGGACGAGGGCAACUUGAGGCUGCCGGACGUGCAGAAGAAAGGUGAUGCGCCCGCUGUCGAUGACAAUGCGAUAGACGGAGGAGGAGGAGGAGGCCCUGGGGUGAAGGGCAAUGAUGAGAAGAAGCCAGCGGCAGUUGUCCCAGAGAAGUCGAGAGACACCUCGAAAAAGAUUUCUAACGUUAUCGAGGACAUUGUGGAAGACAAAAAAGCGGCUGACGCGAAUGAGCAAAAGAAAACGAUAUAGAACGUGGAGAUGAUCUGGCUUCUAGCAGAACAAUAUGAAGGAUAAUUGAAAAAGGACUGAUCACAAUAACAAAAAAACUACAAAUUUAAUGAGAGACUAAUAGUAUGGGUUGAGUGGUUUACAUUAUUAUUUUUUUUGAAAAUAUUUUCAUACAAAAAUGUUCUACAUUGUCUCUUGAGGUGGUUCGUCAAGUGAAGGUUGAUGCUGUGGUUUGAAUGUAAUUAAAUAGCGUCCAGUUAAAGGUGAUCUUCUGAGCAUGCACCUGUAUCAGUUUUAACACUUCUUGACUACCAGUUCACGUAAAUAAUUUGUUGUUAUAUUAUCAUUGUCAGCUAAGCUCAACUUGUUCAAGUUAUUGUAGCCAUCAUGAGAGUGCACCUCACUGCCUAACUGCGUGGUUAUUGAGCGUUAACCAGUUCUGAAAAAUGAAUGACUCAAGUACAGCAGCUCAAUAGUACAAAUUUAUAUUCCUGGUUAAAAUAUUUUUCAUCUGCACUCUUGUUUAUUCUGCCAGUAAUCGGUCAUGUCAAAGACGGAAACAGGAAGACUUCUUGUCAAUUUAGUUUUGUUUACGUGACAAACCUUUGUCAUAUUGGCUAUGUCGGGUGGUGGCGGGUUUAACCACACAUUUUACGUGAUCUAACCCAAAAAACCUUUAUUAUGGAUGAUAUUGGUCGCGAAAGCCUACAUGUCAAACUGACAUCUCCCUUUUGUGUGAAGAAAUCUCCAUUAAAGACAAAGAACUGAUCCAUAAAUAUUUAAUGUAAGUACAGUAUAAUCAUUUUUGUAUGGCAGACAAUUGAAUGUGAUUUAAAUUCAAUAUUCAGGUUUGAACAUUGUCCCAAAGCACACAGCACCACUCGAUAUGAACAAAUGGCUAGUAUAUAACUCGGAAUCUUCAGCCAGUUUUCAAACCAUCCUCGACUCGUGAAAUUAAGAGCAUUACAGGCUGGUUGAGGCCGUUUUCCAUUUACAAUUUUUCGAGGUGUGUCAUUUAAUUUUUGUGAACAAUUUUUUUACCAGGUAAAUCCCACAGCUAUUAGCUCUUUUUCAGAGGUGUGACCUGGCCACAACAAAUACCUCCUCAAAGAGGCGCUGAUAUCAUCAUCACUCGUGGGAACUUCUAGGAGCAGCCGAAUAAUCUAAACACAACUUCAUCUUAAAUGUGAAGGGGAAAAACCGGAGGAUCCGGAGAAGAUCCAUGUGACAACCACGGUGGCGGGGGGGGGGGUGGCAUCGGGGUCACACCCACGAUUUCCUGCAUACCAGGCAAGGGGAGAUAUAAUCUCGCCACCUCGGCGUGAAUUUUAAUGCGUAAAUAUUGGCAGCCGCUUAUAAUCCAAAUGUGGUUUUCCAGGUUGGGAUGUGAUUUGAGGAUUUCUUUUCUUCAACUCCUGAUGUUGCCCGCAGGCAUUGUAGGCGGCGAACGUUUGAUAGAAUCGUAAAUGAACGUGCAGCCCAACCUGAAAAAUCCCACUCGGAUUGAGAUUAUAUUAACCAUGUAAGGUUGUGUAGUUCUGUUUACCUUGCCAUCCAGUUUGAUUGAUUAUAUCAGUUCAGUCGGCUUGCAACAGCCAUCCCAGCUGAAGUAUGCAAUGCGAUUUGUGAUUCAUGAAAUGUCUUUUUGUACAGUACAAUUGAAUUUCAAAAAUG